AUGCCCUCCAGAUAUCGACAAAUUGACCAUGACCCGGGCCUCCUAGCCAGUUUGGGAGGGAGGACGGUCAUUGUCACCGGAGGCGCGGCGGGCAUCGGCGCCGCGACCAUCAAACUGUGCAACGGCAACGGUGCCAAUGUGGUCAUAGCAGACCUCGAGCACACCCGGUACGCAGCGAAAGCUGUCGCGGCCGCCUUGCCGCACCCGGAGAAGGCACUCUUCGUGCCGGCUGACAUUCUCGACUGGCAGCAGAUGAGAGCAGUGUUUGAGAAGACGGUUGAGAGGUUCGGCAGGGUCGACGUCGUCGUCGCCAACGCCGGCACCAUGGAGUCCGCCAUGGUCCUCGAUCUGGACGACACCGAGGCAGACGGCUCGCCCAAGGAGCCCCGGGAAGCAUACAAGGUCAUUGACGUCAACUUGAAGGGCACUCUGAACACUCUAAAACUGGCAAUGCACUACAUGAACAAAACCGCCACCGCGGCCAACCCGGGCUCGAUCAUCCUGAUAGCCUCGACAUCCGGCUACUUUGGCAGCACCGGCGUGGCGGCAUACAUUGCGUCCAAGCACGGCGUGGUCGGCCUCCUGCGCGCGGCUCAAGUCGAAGCCAAAAAGCGAGGCAACAUCCGUGUCAACGGGGUGGCCCCGGCGUUUACCCCGACGGCCAUCACGGCCGAGUACUCGCAGAGGUGGAAGGAGACCGGUCUGGAGUCGAACACGGUGCAAGACGUUGCCGGUGUGAUUGCUCAGACGGCGGUUGACGCGAGGCUGAAGGGCGCGUGCGUGCUGGUCGCAGGGAAGUACAGGCGCGAAAUGGAACAGACUCGAGCGGCUUUCGCAAAGGACUGGAUAGGCGAAGAUCUGGCCGGGGUCUUGUCAAGUGGCGCAAAGUUCUUCGAGGCAAUUGGAGGAUACCCUCUACCGAAGAGGGUUGAACUUGGUCCUAUACAGCAUAUGUAA